CAUUUUCUUAUAUUACUAGAAUCCGAGGAAGCUGCUUCGAUGCAGCAGUUGUUGCAACAGCUGCUACAGCAGCAGCAGCAGCAACAACAACAACAGCAGCAGCAACAACAAGAACAGCAGCAGCAACAACAACAACAGCGACAACAUCAAGAGGAAAUGCAACGAGCGUUGCAGUUCCUCUUUGAUGAGCUGCACAAGCAGCAGCAGCAGCAGCCGCAACAGCCGCAGCCGCAGCCGCAGCCGGAACAGCCGCAGCAGCCGCAACAGCCGCAGCCGCAGGAGGUGCAGCCACAGCCGCAGCCGCAGCAGCUACGGCCAAAACGUAAAGUAUUUUACAUUAUUUCUCAUUAA